AAAAGCAUUGGGGCAGCCCCCAAGGACUCUUCUAGCAGCAGCAGCAGCCGCCGCCUCCUCAACCGGCAGGGUGGACUCUUAAGAGGAAGGCGCAGACCUUUCGACGUCCUCUGCCUGCUACUGCUGCUACCGCCGCCGCCACCACCACAAUUCCCAUUCACUUUUCCUGCCUCAACGUUCGCCUCAAACUUUGGAUGGGGGGGAGAAAGAGAGAAGGUCAGUGGUCUCCAACCUUAUGGGAGUGAAAGCAGAGAUAGCGGGCAGGAGGGAGAGAGAGGAGGAGGAAAGAGGUCACUAUCACAUGACAAAGUCUUGGAGACAGAUUCAUUUUCCUCUGCCUGUCAUUUCCAUUUGCCGCCUUGGGCCUCUUCUGGAAGAAGUUUACCAAAGUCUGUUUCCCAGACCAUCUUUGUGCCUAAAGAGUUCUCUGUUAUUCUAUCUAGUAAGGCUGUAUAUAUCAAAGAAGCCUCUUUCUGAUCAGUCUCUGGCAUGAGGCGAAAUUAAGGAUGGGUAGACAGGUUCUGCGAAUCUGGUGAGGUGAUGGUCACAGUAAUGAAAGGCAGCAGUAGGAAUAAAGAUCAUUCAACAGACGGAGAGGGGCCUGGGAAACGACCAAAGAGAAAGUGUCUUCAGUGGCAUCCACUACUUGCAAAGAAAAUCCUUGAUUUUUCAGAGGAGGAGGAGGAGGAAGAGGACGAAGAGGACAUUGAUAAGGUCCAUCUUCUUAGUGCUGAUGGUCUUGAGCACGAUGCUGACGAAACAGAAGACGAGGAAUCUUCAGAGCAACGAGCUCGCAGGCCAAUGAAUGCAUUCCUUUUGUUCUGCAAACGUCACCGUUCUCUUGUGCGGCAAGAACACCCCCGUCUGGACAAUCGUGGUGCUACCAAGAUCUUGGCAGAUUGGUGGUCUGUUCUAGACCCUAAAGAAAAGCAGAAAUACACCGACAUGGCCAAGGAGUACAAGGAGGCAUUUAUGAAAGCAAAUCCUGGCUACAAGUGGUGCCCACCUACAAACAAACCUGUGAAAAACCAGUCAUCCACUGUUACUAACCGGAAAAAGCUGUGGGCUUUCCCAUCAGAACCUACAAAAGAUUUGCCAAGUCCCAAAAAGUUAGUGAAGACAGAAGAAAUGCCUCAACUGAACUUUGCAAUGGCAGAUCCUACACAGAUGGGAGGCCUCAGUAUGCUACUGUUAGCAGGAGAACAUGCUUUGACUGCACAAGAGGUUUCUUCAAGUACAUGCCAUUCCAAUGCAUCCAGUUCUACUGAAGGAUGUCUAAAGUCACCAUUGUUUCAAUUUGCUGAGAUUUCCUCAAGUCCAUCGCAACCGGACACCCCUGCAGAUUCAAAAGAAAGUGAGGAAUCAGCACUAUUUCAGUUUUCAGAGCUGGAGAGUCCUGAACCUAUAAAGCACAAUAGGAAGUCGGCACUCUUCCAGUUGGCUGAGAUUUCAUCAAGUACAUCCCAUUCAGGUCCUCCCGAAUUAACAAAGCAGUGUGGGACAUCGGCAUUGUUUCAGUUGGCAGAGAUGUGCCUUGCAUCAGAGGAAGUAAAAGGGAGGGAACCUGGAAAGACAAAACUAGAAGCAUCUAGGAUCAUCAAAGCCCUGGCAGUGCCCAAGGAGGUAAAAACUGAAGAACCAGUGAAGUUGAAAAUAAAAAUUGAAAAAUCUCAAAAGAUUAGGGACCAAGAGCAUGAAAAGACAAAGACUGGAACAUCUGAAGAGAUGACAAGAUGUAGUCACAUUGAAGAUCCUGCUUUGGACAGCACAACAUUAGUUGGACCUGACAGUACAACUGCAAGGGAUCCUGUAGGCCAUUCCCAAGAGCUGACAAUGGCUGACCUCAGCACUUUAGGAUUAAGCAAGCCAGAAAAGUUAAAAAGGAAGAAGAAAAAUAAGCUGGACCGGCAAGCCCUUGAAAAAUGUACCCCUAAGAAGGCUUGCAAAAAAAGGCAAUCUUCUGAGUCAGACAUUGAGAGUGUCAUUUAUACUAUUGAAGCCGUUGCAAAAGGGGACUGGGGGGCAGAGAGAUUCACAGAAGUGUCUCGUAAGAAAGUCCGCCCUUCCUCAACAACGAAGGGAAACAUCUUGGACACAAAGUUACCAAAGAAAAAAGUGAAGUCAAAAGAGAAAAGAGUGUUGAAGGGAAAAUGUGUAGAGACCACCAAAGAAUCAAAGCCUCCUGAUUUUUUUAACAUUACAGAGAACAAGGAACUGCCAUGUGAAGUACCCAAAAUCAUCAAAUUGGAACCGCUAACCCCAGUGGAAGAGACAAUACCACAAAGUUUACCAGAACAGGUCAAGACAGAGGACAGUGACUAUAACAAAAAGACAGAGACCUGUGGCUCAAGAAAAUCUGAGAGAGCUUGUAAGGGUGCUCUGUAUAAAACUCUGGUGUCAGAAGGCAUGCUUACGUCCCUGCGUGCCAACGUUGACAGAGGGAAACGAAGCUCAGGAAAAGGCAGCAGCUCAGAUCAUGAAGGAUGCUGGAAUGAAGAAAACUGGGCAUUUUCCCCUGCUGGGUCAAGUGGGAACAAAAAGCUUAAAAAACCUAAGCCAAAGGAAGAAAUAGUUUUGGGCUUAGCAAAGCUGGAGGAAGAAUUUGAGAAAAAAUUCAACAGCCUCCCUCAAUACAGUCCUGUCACAUUUGACCGGAAAAGUGUAUCUGUUCCAAGAAAAAAGAAGAAGGUUGGUGGCUGCUUAGCAGAUCUAUCAAAAUCUAACAAAGGACACAAAGGCCACAGUGAGCCACUGUGGAAGAAUAAAAAUUCUGUGUCUCUCCUAAACACUCCAGAGUCUGCAACAAUGCAAGAGCCUUUGGUUGGCAGCCAGAAGAGAAAAGCAAGAAAAACCAAGAUCACACAUCUGGUCCGGACUGCAGAUGGCCGAGUCUCACCAGCAGCAGAAGUUCUGGAAGAGAAACCAAAGGAGCAACAGCAGUGUAGUCUUCAGAAAGGAACAACAGGGAUGGACUGCAAUGAGGAAUCCUUACAAAACACGGAAUUGGAGGAAGGCCACAGUAUUACAUCGGACAUGCCAUCUGUCUCUGCAUUCUUUAGCCUAGCUGCUCUGGCAGAGGUAGCAGCAAUGGAAAAUGUGCACAGGAAUCAGAGGACAGCAUCUCUCCCAUGUGAUGGACAGCCAAAAGAAAUGUCUCAGGCUCCAGUGCUUAUUUCCUGUGCUGACCAGUGAAGCUCUACCCUAUUGUAAAACAUUGUGCUUUACUUAAUAUCCUAGCCUUGUCUUUACCAAUGGAUGCUAGUCAGUCCAUGUGAUGGAGGAACCCAUAGACUGAAAAUGAAUGGUUCAUGUUCAGCGUGGCACAGAUUUCACUUAUAGCUUGGUCAGGUCCUGUCCGGUUUGGGGCACAGAAUCUGCUAUAAGGGUGAUUUUAUUUUCUCUGUUAAGGAACAGAAAUGAAAAGAUCCUGGAGCUUUGCUUUCUAUUGAAGGUUUUUAAGGUGGUAUAUACGUAGUUACAUGGAAGAGGCAGACUUUAUUGUAGCUCACACAGCAUCUGUUUUAUCAACAAGAGUAUGGAAAAUAGUUUCAUAUAAUAACUAGCUACUCUAAACAAAAAUACAAAAGGGGGGGUGAAACUGACGCACUGCACUAGUUACUAGAUAUUCUUAGUCCUUUUUGUACAUUAAGAUUUUUUAAGUUCUGAGAUGGUUUAUAUAAUAGGUUAUGCCUACAUUUAUAUUUUAGAGUGAAUUUAAGAACCUCUUUGGAGAAUUCAAGAAAGCCUGGGACAGAUGUACCAUUGUCAGUGGCGUAUGGGUGGCUGUAUGGCCCAGAUGUUCUGCACUUUUUUGAAUUUGCCACCUGGCUGGUAGAGUGUAUUGGCAAAAAAAAGUUGACAGGCCCUAUUUUGCUUGAUUUCUUUUUUUAAAUUAAGCAUACAAUAAUGAGGAUGAGAUUUGCAUUUGAAGCAAAGGUCUGGCACAUUGAUAAGAACAAUACUGCAGAUUACUGAAUUGCCUUUCAAGCCUUGGAAGGUUCAUUUAUUUUUUGGACAGAGGUCGAAAAUGACUAUGUGGGGAACUAACACAGUGAAACAGGAAAAAAAAAUACUAUUAAUAUGUUGUUCAGAAGUGACCUUACACUCUUUCAGUGGUGGUGGUGGGGACUUUCAAAUUAACGUGCACAUUGAUGUACAUAUCAUCCAUUUUACAGACACUGGAAUUGUCAUAAAUACUAUGCACAGUCUAAAUUGGCUUCAUUGGUUGUAUGAAGUGCCAGGGCUAGUUUGGGAUGGUUAAGUGCUGAGUGUUGUAUAAGUGAUGACUGAGAAAUAAUGUUACUAAAUUUAGGCUGUCAAACAGAUCACUUUCCAGUUCAUGUUCUUCGUCUUUAUUCUAUGUUGUGACUUACUGCCAUGCACAUAUCUCAUGCCAGAACAGAAUCCAGCUUUUUUACUCUUUAUUUCUGUUUCUUAACCACUCCUCUUACAUUAGUUGUCUAUGAUCCCACACACCACACAUGGAGCAGUCAGGGCUAUAUGUGCACAGAGCCCUUUUCAAAAACGUUGGCCCCACUAAUCAGCUGCUUGAUGUUAAAAAGCUGAUAGGCAGGAUUUUAGCUUUUGGGGAUAAGCUCCCCCCUCCCCAUGCACAGCUCCAGCUAUUUGAUCAGGGAAGGGAACUGUGCACCCAUCACUUGUUUGUGCACACAGUUCCUCAUCCAGCUAGGGAUAUGCAAAUGGAAGCCUGUUUCCUCACCCAUAUAACCCCUGGCUGGAUCAGGGCAACAUUGUUCCAAACAGCAAAAUAAGCAUUUUUAUUAGAUAUAAAGCUCAACACAGGGUACUUCUUCCACAGCACAAGAUGUUUCCCUACAUAUUUUUCAUCUUAGCACAAAGACUUAACCAAAUGCUAUUGACCAGACCCCAGCAAUAAUUUUCUAUGAGUCUUCUCUCUGGUGGAAUUUUGUGAUAGCGUUUAGUUGAGUGAGACCCUUUUUUAUUGAUUAGGUCUCUAAAUGAUGAGAGUUUACACAAUUUUAUCAGGCUUUCUUAAUUUAUACUUGACAGAAUUGAUAAAGGAUGUGUGCUUUGGGUUUUUGUUUUUGUAAUUGGAUUUAAUAGCCAUAUGAAAAGUGACUCUUAAAACUUGCUUGGCUUAGCCUUUAAUUGUUGUAAUCAAUGCAUGUCUUUCAGUGUCUGUGUCAGAAACAACCUCAAACAGAUUACACACACUUGAUGAUAAUUACAAGGAAAGUGUCACUUCAGCCCAUGUAAAAAAAAAUCAGAGACUCCCUUAAAGAAGAAGGAAAAACACACCUUCGACAAGAAUGAGAAAGUUUCAUGUUUUUUAGAAAAUUCAGGUAGAAGAAUCUACCACGUGCUGCUGGAGCAUGUGGUGCUAUUUUAAUAGUUCAAUUUUGUUAACAUUUUUUAAAUUAUUUUAACAAAACAAAAUGCUGUCAUCAUGCCAUUCUGUUGGACCUAUAUUGUGGUGGCUUUGGGGGUGUAAGACCAUGAACUGGCUAUGGUUCAAACAUUGUAAGUAGCUGAAAUCCAAAUAUCUUAUGGUGCAGCCUCUUCAUCUUGACAGUGGUACUAACAUACAAACUCUGUUGAACCCAUUAGAAUAGAUGCAUUUUUGCUGGAGUAUCAUCAUCCAUCUGCCAUUUAAAUUUCAAUAUUGUUCCUAAAAUAUUUCUUUAUAUGAAUGGUACCUUUGUAAAAGAUGCAUAAAAUUAGCUUUUUUCUAUGUGAAUUAAUAUACCUUGAUUAUCUUCCUUUCUUAAACCUCAUUGACUAUCCCUUAGAUAUGGGACUGGAUUUGAGUCCUUUACUGAAUAAGAGUGUUUUCUGAUGCUUAUAAACCUUUCUGUAGAUAUGCUUAA